GGCUCAGCGUUACUUCCAAAAAGAGGGCAAAGAAAGCAAGGAGCUGGUAGAGAGCUCCUGUCAGGUCCUGAUCAGGGAACAGAAAUCACGAAGUAUCAGAAGCCCGAGCAGCCUCACACCCAGACCGUCCAUCACCAGACGUCGCAGCAGCACUGUUGGGAGCGUUGUGGUCAACAAGACAAGCCUGGAGAUCAAGCUGGGCAGUUUAGAGGAAGAGCGGGUGAAUGUGUUGGUGGUCCCCAUGCUAAACAGGCAGCUGACUUCUAUGAAAAUUGGUAAAUGUCUGUUGAAAAGAGCAGGGAACGUGAUCCAGUCCAAGUUUGACUCUGUGGCAGCGAAUUGUUCUCUUGCCCCUGGUGAUGUUCUGCAGAUUGAUGGGCCUCCAUCUCUGGGCUGCUCCAAGCUCUUCUUCAUUGAAUGCUCACCGUGGGAUGGAGUCAGAGGGCAGAGUGUGCAGGCGCUUGCCAAUGGGCUGAAGAAGUGUUUGGACCUCUGUGUACAGCAGCGCUUUAGCUCAGUGGCCUUUCCAGUUAUCGGACCUGGAAUUGUUUUAAAAUUCCCGCUGAGUGAAGCCAUUCAAGUGCUGACUGAGAACAUUCGCCAGUUUGGAUUAUCUGCAUCUUCUGGGUCUCUCUCCACUAUCCACAUCGUCAUUAAACCAGACUAUCCAGACUCUGAGCAGUGCUACCAUGAUGUUCAUAGAUACCUCAGCUCAAAUAUGAACCAGGGAGGCCAAGCGAUCUUCAGGUCUCUCACCAGUGAUCUUGAUGACAUCACAAUGACAGUAGGAGGCGGGGUUAAACUACAGCUGGUGUUUGGUGACAUCACUAAUGAGACUACAGAUGCUGUGGUGAACACGACCGACUUCACAAAUUUUCACAACGAUGGUGUGUGCAAAGAUAUCUUAACUGUAGCUGGACCACAGGUGGAGGCUGAACUAAAAGCAGCCAAAGUGAACCAAGAAGACGUUUUUGUAUCUCAGUCUGGAUCAUUCCCUUGUGAAGCCAUUUUACAUGUGUGUGGACAAAGAGAUGCUGGUAUUAUUGAACAACUUGUGCGUCGCAUCAUUGAACAUUGUGAAACAUUUGGAUUCAAGUCUGUGGCCAUUCCUGCCAUCUGUGCUGGAAUUGGCGGGUUGGACCCUGGUGUCGUAGCAGGUGCCAUCCUCCGAGGUGUCAAGACUGCCACGUCGUCCACUCCCCUCUACUGUCUCACCAACAUCCGCCUCGUCUUGAUUAAGAUCAAAGUUUUCUUGAAGUUUAAAGAGGAAGCAAUGCAAAUGUUUCCCACUGCCGGAAUCAAUAGAGUGUCAGUACCUCAGUUUUCUUAUGUACAACAACAACAACUCCCUUCAUCUAUGAGUCCAGACCUUAACAUCUUCCAUACCAGCUCCUCAAAUGAACAGUCUGUCUUGCUAUUCCUGGGUCUCUCCAGAAAGGAUGUUGAUGAUGCCAAGACUAAGCUGAAGAAUCUGUAUCAGUCUCAGUGCUCCACUCAGUCCUUCAAAAAGGAGGAGCUGGCAUGCCUCACCCAGGAGGACAUGGAGCAUCUGAAGCAGCUGGUUGAGACUGAGUUUCUGUACAUGCAGGAGGACCAGUCCAGCCAGGGCAGCUUAACAGUGAGCGGUUUAAAGGACGGGGUCAACAAGGUUGUGCAGAUGAUUAAUGCCUCUGUGCACGGCUCCCUCAGAAGAGAGGUGAGAGUCAGGGAGGAGGAGGAAUUGUACACCCGUGUGGCUUGGUGCAUCCUGGGACCUAACGGCACCUGGGAGAGACUCCCUAAAACAGCCAAUCACAGCCUGGAAAAAAAUGAUGUAGCAGGAGGGAUAGUGGACGCACAGGGCAUCCAGUGGAGUGUGAAUGCACAGAAGUUGAAGGCAACAAGCCGAGUAACUGGACUGAAGGCAAAGCUGAAACGACUCAUGAAUCUGACAGACUUCACUCUCCCCCUGUACUGGGAUAACAUAGCUGCCAGUGAAAAUUUUAGGAAGGUUGAACUGCAGCCUUCCUCCGCAGAGUACCGGACAGUGAAGGAGGCCUUCAAACAAACUGUCUCCAAGACUGUAAUGAAGAUCGAGCGCCUGCAGAAUGUUCGUCUUCGACGCGCCUAUGAAGUGCAGAAGAAGAACAUUUCUGAUAAGAACAUACAGGAGGGAGGAGCAGGUGAAAAGCUUCUCUACCAUGGGACGACCCAGGAGAACUGUGACUCCAUCAUGAAAACUGGGUUCAACAGGAGUUUCGCGGGGCAACAUGCAACUGCAUACGGUCAUGGAACCUACUUUGCUGUAAACGCCAGCUACUCAGCCCAACCCACCUACUCCAAGCCAGCUGCUGAUGUUUCUCAGUUAAUGUUUGUGGCUCGAGUCCUGACUGGGAUCUACACGCAGGGCCAAAGCAACAUGAAGGUUCCUCCACCUCGCAGUGACCAGCGGCCCCAUGACCUCUACGACAGUGUGGUGGAUAACAUAGCCAAACCCAGCAUGUAUGUUGUGUUCCAUGAUAACCAAGCAUAUCCAGACUACCUCAUCACCUUCAAGUGAGGGAAAAGUGAUGUAAUACAAGGUGGGUGCAGAAAAUGUUGUACAUGGUAAUCAUAGUAUAUAAUGAAACACAUUUAGGCUAUAAAAUUAACUGCAUGAACAUGUCAUUGUAUACUCUCCACAGUUUCUCUGAUCUCCAAACCAACAGUAAAUUGAAUAAACACAUUAAAUAUCCUGCAGCAGCCACAAACACACGUAUUAAAGCAAAAUGAGGGCAGUUUUAGCACAAUUUGUGGUGCGCACACACACACAUUCUCCUCUGGAGAGUGACUAACAUCAACGAGUUUGUUGUCAUUUUGUGAAUCUUGAGAACCAUGAAGACAACUUCUCCUCAGUUUCAUUUUCAUACAACUAAACCAACUCAUCCUCUUUGGCUACGUUCAGACUGCAGGCCUUAAUACUCGAUUCCAAUUUUUUUCUCCCAGAUCUGAUUUUUUUGUCACUGGCACUAUACGCAUCUGCCCCACAACUCUCUCUCUCGCUCUCUCUCUCUCUCUCUCUCUCUCUCUGUAAGUAGCAUGCACAUAAGAGCUCACGGUGUCACCUGAGUGUCCCGACUCAGGUCGCAUUUAAAAAGAUCCAAUCAGUAUCAGAUUUGGACCACAUAUGAAAGUGGCCAAAGUCCGAACUGGAAAAGAUCAGAUUCCAUGUGACUUGGCCUGUUCACACUGUCAUAAAAAGAUCAGAUCUGAGUUACUUAUGGCCUGCAGUCUGAACGAAGGCUUUGUACUGAAAGAUCUCUGCAGUCACAUCAGGGAUAUUGUCACAAGACGUCACACAUCUAACUGAGAAGUCACUGUUAGAGGCUUAGCAUUCAGCACGUUAGCCAGCAGUGAUGCCGCAGACACACCAGCAACCUGUCUGCUGCAGUUGCUAAUUUGGCUCCUUUCUUUUUUUCUCAUCCUCUCUAAUGGUUUUUUCAGGAUGCUUUCUUGUAAAUUUUUCUUUGUAAUGCAUAAUGUAAUCAAGUAUAAUUUAAAAAAAAAUACAAGUACACAAAAAACAACUUUGUUCCAUUAGUGAGAGUAAAUGUAACCCACCAGUUCCACCUCUGGUCUUAAGAAUAAAGUAAAAGAUAAGCUUUUCUUUCUUCUUAGAUAUGUUUUUGGGGUAUGUAGCUAUUUUUGGGUAUGUAUUUACAUUACUCUGUAGUUGCAUUUAGCAAUAUGUAAAAUCAAAAUAAAAUCUGUGAAAGUUGCAAAUAAAUAUACAUGUAAAUCUUUAGUGUUUACUGUUUCAAGGUGGAGUAAGCAAUUCUGAUCCAAUACAGGUCUUUUUGUCAAAUUCAGCAAAUAUCUCCUCAUGGUGCGCUUACUGUUGGUUCUGUGUGUACUCUGCCCUGGCUCUGUAAAUAGGAAACAAACAAAGUGGCCCACACUCUGCCAAACACUAUUCCAGCCACGAGUUCUGUGUCAGGUAACAUUAAAUGACUUGCCAACAGACAUUCAGUUGACUUUCUAGUUCACCUAGACAUGCCGUUGUUGGGAUGUUAGCUAAAGUAGCAGGAGGGUUGUGAGCAUCGUUGUCUGGAGCUGGUGUGCUGGCUCUGGGACAGUCUCUCUGCAUGUUAGCUUUGCAGCAUCAACUGUAGUGACAGUUUGCUAACCAACAACUUAGCUAAUGUUAGUUACAUUACUUGCUGAGUUGUUGUUCACUGUAUGAAUGUACUGGGUCCAGAAAGUUUUCUGCACAAACAUAACUUUAGCUGCUUGGGUAAUUCCUCUAGGAUGUUUUAUUGUUGCAUUUAGAUUAAACCAUGUACUGUUUCUGGAUUUUCAGACCGUUAAUGCUUCAUUUUCUGACUGGCUUGUCCCAGACCAAAGACGGGAUGCUGGGGCAGAAAGAUUUUUUGUUGUUGUUUGGUGUAUUGUACUGAACAGUAUAUUAAGGAAUAAAAAAUGUGUAAAUUUA